AAGCAAGAUUUUUUAGAUGUUUUAACACUGUACAUUUGCCGCGAUAACAGCCCGUCUGUACAGUAUGCACAGUGAACGUGGGAUCGGAAUUAGCUAGUCUCGAUAAGAAGGCGGCCCCUCCGAACGCGGAGAUGCACUUUGCGAAUACUCCGCGCCUCUCAUUGGUGAAUAGCAGACGUGGGGUUGACAAGCCCCCUCCCUCUGCGUAUUGCGUACAUGAAUUACCAACGUAAAGGUCAUCCUAGCCGUUGGAAGAUGGGCCGCUUCUUUAAUGCUAGCUGGGCUGACGUCCCUGUCCGUAUCCACCUGGUAACUCGAACGAUUUGCAGGCUCGGAAGCAUGUGCUUGUAUGUUUACAUUCUCGAUAUAGCAUGCUGGCAGUCCUUGACUUUUCUCUUGGCUGUGCUCUUGAAUCUAUUCCCGCAGGGUUGUAACGCCCCUGGGAAACCCGAUUCGUCGGCGUCUCUAGCUUAUCUCGCUCUUGUUCCGGUAGUAGCAGGGCUGUGUGCGACGAAUUACCUUUUCCGCGGAAAUAGAAUUGACUUGGGAGCAUCAGCCCACGUUUCACGUCGAGAUCCCGAGUCCGAUGACGGCUCACGAGCCAAGCCAAUAUCAUGAUAGCUAUUAUAUAUACAUCCAAUCUUGUUGGGAAAUGAUAUCGAACAAGACUAGUCUGUUUUUUUGCAAGGUGUUGGUCUAAUUUCCUAUAUUGGACUAUCGUCAAGUUGGUCUUUACAUUUGGCUAUCUGCAUGGCUUUGAAUGAACU